AUGGCUCCAGGUGCCGGAGGAAAGAGGAAACGAGGAGACAGAUCGUGGUCUGGCGAUUCUGGCAUUGACGGUCAACGCCCUUCUCCCCACCGACCGGGCAAUCUCAACAUGGCGCAACACAACCACGGCCCGCAUCCCAACCAGUCUCGCGACUUUCCCGAGACGCGUGGUCGGGUUCGCAGGCAGGCCAGUCGCGGAGGCCGAAAUAACAAUUUCGGUCGACGGCUCAGUAGUGAGAAUCCCAAUAAUGGACCUGGUGCGCAGAGGGAUACGGCCAUGGCUCCGCCAGCACGGGAAGUGUCAGAUACAAACCAGACGAACGCAGUCUCUUCGACAGGGGCCUCUCAACCUCAGCCGUCCCCUUCACCCGCGCCGACGCCGCAAUCGGCACCUUCACAACCGCAGCCGUCUCCUGUGGCCCAGUCACAGCCACAGCAGUCGCCAGCUGCACCCGUUCAGCCUCCACCUGGGCCACCGCCUCCUUACGAUUACGAAUAUGUCACGGACGGUGUGAUUGAGGAUUGGGCAUCUACAGGGAAAGGAAAGGUUAUUGCGGAUGGAGUACAGGCAAUAAACCAGGAGGAUGCGUCAACACUGGCCUCGGUCUACCAGGAGCUCGUUCGAUCUGCUUUCUACGGCCGGCUGCCGCCAACAGAGGCCGGAUCGGCGAUCAGGGAAAUCCUCGGCGAGGAAGUCGCAGCUGAGGAUGUGGAUAUGGCCGUUGAGGGGCAACCCUCCGCCGUUCUGGAUACACGCUCUUUGUUCUUGGACACCCUGUCUAUCCUCACCGAUUCCGAUCCAGCUAAUCCUGCACUGAGGCCGCUCAUGUUCUCUACAGGAAUCAGCGCCGCUCUUAUGCGUCUUCAACUCGAGACUCCCGUUCUUCAGUCGCUCGGUCUCGUCCGUGAUACCUUUAAUCGCAUGGGCAUCCGCAAACAGACCAACCUACUGUACCGACAAUCCAACUACAAUUUGCUGCGGGAGGAAUCUGAAGGCUAUUCCAAAUUGCUGACUGAACUUUUCACCACGAGUAACAACGAGCCACCCACUAGCGAGGUUGUCGAAGAUACUUUUGAGAAAGUGAAAGCGAUGAUCGGUGCAUUUGACAUGGACGUAGGCCGAGUGCUGGAUGUUACCCUCGAUGUUUUUGCUGCUGUGCUGGUGAAACAGUAUCGUUUCUUUGUCAAGCUUCUUCGAGCCAGCUCCUGGUGGCCCAAGGACGAUAUCUCUCGCAAUCUCGGCGGCUCUGAUCGUGAUUUCGGCCUGCCAAACUGGGCAUUACCAGGCUCCGCAGGGUGGGUAACCACAGACGAAGAACGAAUAGAAAUUAUGCGGUCGAACGAACAGCGAGACCGCGAGUUCUGGAGCAGAGUCAGAGAUAUCGGUAUCCGGGCGUUCUUUGAGAUAGGACGUAAGCCAGUCUCAGAGGAGGAGCGCAAACGGAUUUUCCCUGAAAGCACAAACUUAUCGGAGGAAGAGCUGGAUACUCGGAGAUGGAUUGAAGAGACAGGGACGCUACCUCCAAAGGGCAAUAGGGUGGCAGCACAAUUGCUCGGCUUCAAACUGCGCUUCUACUCCUCCAAGGCACGAAACAAGUCAGAUGUCCUCCCAGAUAACCUCAUUUAUCUGGCUGCUCUUCUCAUCAAAGUCGGCUUCAUUUCCCUUCGUGACCUAUACCCCCAUCUGUGGAGGCCGGACGAGUCCAUGGACACUUUGAAGGAGGAGAAGAUGAAGGAGAAGGCGGAGCGAGAACGAGCCGCGCGUCCCGGCGGCGGCGUUAAUGCUUUAAUGAUGGCUGGCGCGCUGUCCGAUGAUACCUUGCCCAUUCCACGAAUCCGAGAAUCGGAACAACGCUCAGCCACACCCGGGAAGGAUCAAGAGGCGGAUAAAGCGGCCUCGGCAAAGACAGAGGAGGACGAUCUGCCGGAGCCUUCGGACCAGAAGGUUUUGUUGCUCAAGAGUCUGCUCGUUAUCGGCGCUCUUCCUGAAUCGCUUUUCAUCUUGAGCAAGUUUCCUUGGUUGAUGGACGCAUACCCCGAACUUCCCGACUAUAUUCAUCGCAUCCUGCACCACAGUCUAAACAAAGUCUACUCCUCGCUGCGUCCUCUGCCAUCGGCCGAGGAACUCAAAGACCAGAAACAGAUUCUAAGCCAGGACCAGGCUGGGCUGGCCAAAGGACAGAUUCGGUUAACUUCGGCGCCUGGGCGGCGGGUACUCCGCUGGGCUCAGCUUGACAAGGAAGAUACAAAUGAUGGGACAGAUUACAGAUUCUACUGGGACGACUGGGCCGACAAUAUUCCGAUUUGUCAAUCCGUUGAUGACGUUUUCGCACUUUGCUCAUCGCUCCUGAGUCUAUCUGGACACAAGAUCGGACAGGACCCAAGUUUGUUGGCUAAACUGGCAAGAAUUGGCAAGAGCAGUCUUAGCCAAGAUGACUCGCCCGAGAACAAAGCGCGUUGGCAAGAUCUUUGCAAGCGUCUCUUGGUGCCUGCGAUCAGUUUGACGAAGGCGAACCCUGGUGUAGUGAACGAGAUCUUUGACCUUCUUGGAUUCUUCCCUCGGACAACACGGUAUAACAUGUAUGCAGAGUGGUAUUCUGGACAGACAUCUCGGUUACCGGACAUCAAGUCGGCAUUUGAUCAAGCAAGAGCAGAAACUAAGGACGUCCUCAAAAGGCUCAGCAAGACGAACAUCCGGCCUAUGGCUCGGGCACUUGCCAAAAUUGCCUUUGCCAACCCUGGUAUUGUCAUCAACGUUGCCAUCAGUCAGAUCGAAUCUUACGAGAACCUUAUUGAGGUUGUUGUGGAGUGCGCUCGCUACUUUACCUACCUCGGAUAUGACAUACUCACUUGGGCGCUCAUCAACUCACUUGGUCAGAAAGGACGAAGCCGUGUCCAAGAAGGUGGGCUCUUGACCAGCCGGUGGCUCAAUGCGUUGGCGACCUUCGCUGGAAGGACGUUCAAGCGCUAUUCCGUCAUGGAUCCUACACCUCUUCUGCAAUACGUGGUAGAACAGCUUCGGCAGAACAAUUCUACAGAUCUCAUCGUUCUAGAGCAGAUGAUUAGUGCUAUGGCUGGCAUCAUCACGGAUACAAACUUCAAUGAUUCGCAAAUCCAGGCUAUGGCUGGUGGCGAUAUCCUUCAGUCUCAGACCAUUCUACAGCUACUCGACAAACGUCACGAGUCAAAGACAACAUCGAGGCGACUGAUGAAGUCUUUGACUGUGUCGAAGUUGGCUGGACAAUUGCUCAUUGCUAUCGCUCAAGAGCGAUGGACAUGUAUAUACAAGACAACUGAAGGAGAUUCUGAGCUCAAGCUGUUGGGCAACAUUUUCGAUGAGAUCCAUCGGAUUCUGGCUCAAUAUCUCGACCUCCUACGCAGUAACAUGACUGUCGAUGAAUUCGAUUCGUUUGUUCCAGACUUGGCCUCUCUGAUCAAGGAUUUCGGCGUUCAGCCUGAAAUUGCCUUUUGGAUUCGGCGACCUAGCGUCUCGCGAAAAGUUGCAGACGUUGAGAAAGCCCUUCAAGAGGAGGAAGCGGCAGCGAAGAGCCGUGAGAGCGAAGCAACUCUAGUCAAGACCGAGGAGGAUAAAAUGGAGACGACAGAUGAAGGUGAAACGAAUGGUACAGCUGAAGAACAAGCCGAGAACACUAUGGAUGUCGACAAGGAACACCCUGGGAAUAAUACCGAGGCGGAGGUCGCUACUGCUGGACAGCCUGCACCUUCUGGUCCAUCUCUUAACCCAGUCAUGCAAGACCUCGAGGAUCAAGCCAAAUCUGCCCUGUCACCGGAGACAUGGGGCGUGGUCGGCCUGCAUUUCUACGUAACCUUCUGGCAAUUGUCGCUCUAUGACGUGCAUAUCCCCCAGAAAGCUUACGAGGACGAAAUUGAACGCCAGAAGAAGAAGGUGAUGGCGAUCAAUAGCGACCGCUCGGAUAUCAGCAUGGCUGGAACACAACGAAAGGAAAGAGAAAAGAGACAAAUCACCCAACUUCAGGAGCGAAUCCUCGAGGAGAACAAGGCUCACCUCAAGGCUUACGGACAAACACGGGCACGGCUGCAGAAGGAGAAGGACCGGUGGUUUGCCGGCAUGCGAGGGAAGCAUGAUUCUCUCAAUGUCAGCCUCUUAGAGCAGUGUUUCCUCCCCCGUUUACUGCUAUCGCCCAUCGAUGCUUUCUACUGUUUCAAAGUGAUCAAGUUUUUGCACACUUCCGGCACGCCUAAUUUCCGAACAGUUGGUCUGCUGGAUCAGUUGUUCCGCGAACAGAGACUUACCGCUCUCAUUUUCCAAUGCACUUCGCGUGAAGCAGAUAACCUUGGUCGGUUCCUGAACGAGAUCAUUCGGGACCUUGGUCGUUGGCACGCCGAAAAGGCUGUCUACGAGAAGGAAGCAUUUGGCACGAAGAAAGAUCUUCCUGGGUUUGCCAUCAAUGUUGAUCCUGAGGGCAAGCCCACGACUUUCCUGGAGUACGAGGAUUUCCGCCGACUGCUGUACAAAUGGCAUCGCCUGCUGGCCUCUGCGCUGAAGAUCUGUUUGAACGGAGGCGAAUACAUGCACAUCCGCAAUGCGAUUAGUGUCCUCAAAGCCGUUGUGCAGCACUUCCCUGCGGUCAACUGGAUUGGUCGUGAUAUGCUGACCAGCGUGAAUAACCUGAGCCAAACCGAUGAACGAGAUGAUGUGAAGAUUCCAGCCGCCUCGCUGAUUGGAGACCUGAACCGCCGCGAGAAGAAGUGGAUGCUACCGCAAGCCUUCAUGAUUGCAAGCCAACCUGCAGGCAAGGGUGCUACGCCAGCAGCCGGAAAACCUGGCACCCCCCAAUCCCAGUCUGCGACACCAACCCCUUUGAAUGCUGCCGCAGCGGAAUUCAAACCUCCUACCGCCAACGAACCCGAGGGCGCGCCCAGGCCGGAGGCAGGCAAGAAAAUGGAGGUAGAAGAUGGAGAAAUUGAGGACGCGAAGAUGACCGAUGUUGCCGCGACGGUUAUGGAGACAAGUGAACCCGCCGAACAGAAGGCGGGCGAGAAAGCCGAAAUGCCGCCACAUCAAAUUGAAGAGGCCGCAUCUCAGCCUCGAGAAACCAUUUCUCAAACUGAAAAGCCAGCUGCUCCAACUUCCGACAUCCGAAAUGAGAUUGAGCUUCCCUCGCAUCCUCGAAUUUCCCCUGCACCACCAGCGCCUCAAGCGGCUGCGAAGCCUGCCGAAACUGGACGCCAGCCAAAUAUCCCCAAACGGCCGGACACAGAGCGAGCCCCUUUCAACAAUCCAAAUAUGCGUUCACAGCAACAUAUACCAAGUCGUCCGUACCGAGCCGAUGACGGCAGGUUGGGUCCUCGGUCUGAUCUUUUGGACGCUCGGCGAGACAGACAGCCCGAGUUUCCCCGCGGCGGUCGCUUUGGGGAUGACCACAGCCGGUCUUUCGACCAGCCAGGCCCUGAAGGCAGGGGCUACGGUCGCCUUGAUAGAGACUUCCCUUCGAGAGGCCCAGUAGAUGAGCCGUUCCGUGGACCUCCAUAUCGGGAGGGUCGUCAAACGCGAGAGACGGAUUGGCCAGAGCGCUCCGGGCGACUGCGCGGCCCCCCCGAAGGUCGAGACGGUCCUUUGACAAUGCCUGGUCCGCAAACCCAUCCUGAUCGGGCAGAUCUGAUCCAAGAUCUUCCUGAAAGAGCUGGAGAGGGAUAUAGACGCGGAGAGUCGAUACGUCAAGAGAAGGAUGACCGCAGAGCUCUGCCAACACGAGCAUUGUCUCCUAGAGCAGAACUUCCGAGUCGCCCAGAACGAUUCCCAGCCGAUGAGCGCCGUCUUCCCAACCAUCCCCCAGCACAUUCGCGAUACGACGACUUGCCGACCGGACCUCGCGGUGACCGGCCGCCUCGACCUCCCAUGGAUGGGCCCGAGCCCAGAGAUUCUGGCAUCGACAUGAGCCAUGGACGAUUGCGCCAGCCCGAGCCCUCGGCAGAGAUUCCCUCAGGCCCAAGGGGAAGGUCUGGCGCCACACGUGGUGGGCGCAAUGCUUCCGGUGUGCUGCAUCCUCCACAAUCUUCUACUGCCACCCCGGAGCGCCAGCCUCCUACCGGACCGGGCCGACAAGGAAUGCGAGGUGGGCCGGAACAGCCUAGCUCUGGAGGCCCUCCAUCGCCAACUAUCGAGAAACUGGAUGCUAGUGGGAUCCAUCCAGACCGACUCAAAGCCCUGCAGCAACAAUCAUCCGAUGACAACUUUGGCGGAGGCGCGCGCUCCAAUCAACCGGCGCCAUCUGCAGCAUCCGCUGCUCCACCGUCAGGACCUCGAAGUGCCCUUGGACCACCCUCCGGCCCAUCCUCUGGCAACCGUGGCCCACUCUCAGGGCCCGGUUAUAGCAGCGAGCGUGGACGGGGGGACAAGCGGUUCGCAGGAAUCAACAACAUGCUUCAGCAAUCCGGCGGACCUCCUGAACGCGGAGGUGCCGGUCCACAAAUCCGUGGACGCGGUGCAAACAGGCAGUCCGGUAUGGGUGGUCCCUCGCCUCAGUCCACUCGACCUGGGACACCGGGAGCCUCGGAGGAGGGUAGUCGUUCGUCUGGCCAAGGCCGACCCGAUCUCCUAGGCGGUCGCUCUUCCGGAGUCUCGUUCGCAGAAGACGAAGGUCCUUCCAGGAAUCGUCUUGGUGGAGGACGCGGUGAGAUGGUGGAAGAACCAGGAUCGGAGCCAAGGCGGUCCGGGAGAUAUCCACAUGAUCGAGAGCGGGAUCACAACCGUGACCGGGAUCGGGACCGUGAGCGUGAGCGCCGAGGUGGUGUAGAGGAAGAAGGUGGACGGACCAGUAAUCGACGGGAGGAAUACCGCGAACGGACCCGAGAUUAUGAACGCGAACGUAGUCGACGCAGUGAUGCCACAGCAACUGGUAACCGAGAGGAACGGUAUGAAUCUCGCGAGGCUUCCCGUCGAGGUGCAGGCUCCCGCGAGGAAAACCGUCGACGAGACCGCCGAGAGAGGGACGAAACCCAGGAGAUUGGACCGGGCAGCCAAGAACAUGAAGGUCGCCUGCGGCCUCCGUCUUCUCUCGGCGGGCCACCGCCUCCACCACCGCCACCGCCGCCUCUUCCUGGAAACGGGGAGGAGGAUCGACGAUGGGGUGGCAGUGGCGGCGCCGGGGGCGGCCGCGAGCUGCGCGACCGGGAUCGCGACCGGAAUCGUGACCGAGCUCGGGACCGCGACUACAACCGCGAGAGCGGGAGCGGGGGUCCCCCUCGGAAACGACGCGCAGGAGGGGAUGAUGGAGCUGGUGAGCCAGGAGCAGCAGCAGGAGGAGGAGGAGCAGGCCGGGGAGGAAUGAGAAUGGGCGGCGAAAGCAAACGGCCUCGACGAGGGGCAUGA